AUGGCUUCUUUCCCACCUUCUCCGCUGGAAGGUCUCGAGUGGGACAAACUGGGCUUGGUGCCCAUGGAUGAGUGCGAGUACACUAUCAAGACGGGCAAGUGGUCAGAGCCUCGAUUUGUCCAGGACCCAUUUCUCCGAAUCCAUGGACUUGCUCCGGGUUUGAAUUACGGUCAGCAAGCUUUCGAAGGACUGAAAGCAUAUCGCGACCCCAAGGGCCAGAUCCAAAUAUUCAGACCAAAAGAUCACGCUGAGCGACUAGCUUUGUCGUGCUCAACCAUUGCCAUCCCGGCCGUUUCAGAGGAGCUUUUCCUCCGCAGUAUUAACCUUGCAGUUGCUAAAAAUGCCGAAUAUGUCCCUCCUCAUGAUUCGGAGGCUGCUUUAUAUAUUCGACCCCUUGUCUUUGGGUCCGAUGCGUGGGUCGCCGUUUCCGCCGGUAUUGGGUACCGGAUGUGCAUUUAUGUGCAGCCAUACAAAGCCUAUCACGGUAUCAAUCCACUUCCAGCGUUGAUCCUAGAUGAUUUUGAUAGGGCAUCACCCAAGGGUGUUGGGCAUGUUAAAGUUGGCGGAAACUAUGCCCCUGUAUUGAAAUGGAGUGACCAGGCACGAGCCGAAGGGUUCUUUAUCACCCUGCACCUUGACAGCCGGACCAACUCAGAGAUCGAUGAGUUUAGCACGUCUGCCUUCAUUGGCAUCAAGAAGGUUGGCGACUCAUACACUGUGGUUGUGCCCAAUAGCCGAUCUAUCUUGAAGAGUGUUACCAGCACCAGCUGCCUUGACUUAGCAAAGUCCUUUGGAUGGAGUAUUGAAGUUCGACCGGUACCGUAUUCCGAGCUUCCCUACUUCACGGAGAUCCUUGCAACUGGCACCGCUGCCAUGGUAGUUCCGAUCCAUUCGAUUACUCGGAAAUCCACUGGAGAGAAAUUUGAAUUCAGCACCGGUGGGCCUGGGGAGUGCUGUAAGAAGUUAUCAGGGGCACUCAUGGCGGCUCAGAAGGGUAUCAAUAGCAAUGACUUUCAAUGGCUAUGGCAAGUAUCGCAAGUUGAAGAUGAGGCUUCACCAGCGCAGAGCGGCUCUGGGUAG